AUGAAUGUAUUUAUUUGCUCUUUAUUUCUCCUUCUUCCUCUUCUUCUUCUUCUUCUUCUUCUUCUUCUUCUUCGCCUAGCUCUUCUUCUUCCUUUUCUUCCUCUGAUUAUUUAUUUUCUUUCGUUUUUUUUUUUUCAUCACCGCUUUUUUCGACGAUGGCUUAUGGAUAUUUCUUUGUCAUACUGUUUUUUAUGUAAUUUACGCUUGAUAAAGCUUCGUCGUUUUCUUCUAUUGACGACACUUUCUCUUUUCUUCUUUUUCAUUACUUCUUCUUCUUCUUCCGGUGAUAGACUCCCUUUCCUUUUUUCAUCCCAUUUUUCUUCAAUUAAUUUAAUUUGUUCUUUACUUGGUUUUAUUACUUUAUCUACAUUUCUUCUGUUAAUUAUAUAUGGUAUUUUCUUCAUUUCUUUUUCUUCUCUCGAUGACCCUUUCUUUUUAUUCCUUCAUUCACCCUUUUUCUUUCAAUUAAUCCUUUUGUUUUCUUACUCAUUUUCUUUCCUUGUUCUUCUUUUAUUUCUUCUUUUAAUAAUUACUUUUAUCUUUUUAUAUUUCUUCUUCUUCUUCUUCUUCUUCUUCUUCUUCUUCUUCUUCUUCGGAUAA